AAGGUGCAUCAAGCAGUGAUUUUUAUUGUAUCUCAGAUUUUUUUUGUCAGUACUUAAUAACCGUAUUAAGGGUAAGAUUAUAUAUUACGCCUUCGUGAAGUGCAAGUGUGAAGCUGGUAAGAGAAUGAAAUGAUCUCAGUUCAGGUAAAUCACAGCAGGCUGUAAGAAAUUCAACAAGGAUUAUUACUGAUACAAGGAUAGCCCAAAAAAAAUCAUAUGGUCAGGAAGCUUUGUCAGUUGGACUUCUUGAUGGAUGAUUGCUGCAACUAUCAAAUGUCAAAGUGUGAACAAACAAGCUGGAUUUAUCUAUUGCAUAAAAUACAAUCAUAUAUCAUCUUAUCAUUGACUCCCAUUUUUUCUUUGUGCUAACCACGACUAGGAAGAGAUCUGCAAGAUGGAAGCAAGAGCCUCCUUCUACCAGAUGCUCUUCCUUGAUUCGACCAUUGUUACUUUGUCUAGACAGGACAAAGCUUAAGCAUCUGGUUUCCGUGCUAGUUCCAAAAAGAAGCCAUGCAAUCACUCCAUUUUCCAUACAAGAAAUGCAGCAGAAGAUUACCCAUACCUUUCCUUGGCCUUGCUCUUUUGCUGCUGAUCUGCAUGGCCACACCCACAAGUUCCUGCACAGAGCAGGAGAAGGCCUCUCUCCUGCAGUUCCUUGCAGGGCUCUCGAAUGAUGCCGGCCUAGCCAAGUCAUGGCAGGGAGGCACAGAUUGCUGCAAAUGGGAAGGCGUCACCUGCAACAGAAACAGGACAGUCAUUGAGGUUUCUCUGGCAUCUAGGGGCCUUGAAGGGCGUAUCACGCCAUCUCUCAGCAACCUCACUGGCCUUCAGCAUCUUAACUUGUCCUACAACUUGCUGUCCGGUGGCCUGCCGCGGGAAUUGUUAUCAUCCAGCAGCAUCGUUAUCCUCGACGUCAGUUUUAACCAACUCAAUGGAGAGCUGCACAAGCUGCCGUCUUCAACCCCUGGCCAGCCUCUACAGGUAAUUAACAUCUCAAGUAACAUGUUUACAGGACAGUUUACGUCCACAACGUGGAAGGCGAUGGAGAAUCUGGUUGCACUCAAUGCCAGCAACAACAGCUUUACUGGGCAGAUACCAACACAUAUCUGUAACAUAUCUCCAUCUUUUGCUGUGCUUGAUCUCUGCUACAACCAAUUCAGUGGCACAGUUCCCCCAGGGCUUGGUAACUGCUCCAUGCUGAGAGUGCUCAAGGCUGGCCACAACAACCUCACCGGGACACUCCCUGAUGAACUCUUCAAUGCUACCUCGCUAGAGUACCUGUCUUUUCCUAAUAAUAAUUUACAAGGAGUACUUGAUGGUACACGCAUAAUAAAUGUCAGGAAUCUGUCUACACUUGAUCUUGGAGGCAACAACUUCAUUGGUGAUAUCCCAGAUUAUAUAGGUCAGCUCAAGGGAUUGGAGGAGCUUCAUUUGGACUACAACAACAUGUCAGGAGAGCUGCCAUCAUCACUGGGCAGCUGCGCAAAUCUCAUAACCAUUGACCUCAAGAACAACAAUUUCAGUGGAGAACUCACCAAGGUCAAUUUCUCAAACUUCCCCAAUCUAAAAACCUUAGAUGUUAUGCGGAACAAAUUCAGUGGCGAAAUUCCAGAAAGCAUAUACUCUUGCCACAAACUAACUGCACUGCGUCUAUCAUCAAACAAUUUCCAUGGCCAGUUAUCGAAGGAACUAAGCCAUCUGAAGUCACUCUCCUUCCUUUCACUUACUGGCAACAGUUUUACAAAUUUAACAAAUGCACUUCAAAUACUAAAGAGCUCCAAGAACCUCACCACUCUUCUUAUUGGAAAUAAUUUCAUGCAUGAGACCAUGCCGGACGAUGAUGGCAUUGAUGGUUUUGUGAAUCUUCAGGUUCUUUCCAUAAGUGAAUGCUCAUUGUUGGGGAAAAUACCUCAUUGGCUAUCGAAGCUCAGAAAUUUGGAGAUGUUAUUUUUACACAGCAAUCAACUAACUGGAACAAUACCUGACUGGAUCAGUAGCCUAAACUUCCUGUUCUAUGUUGACAUAUCAAAUAACAAUCUGACUGGGGAAAUUCCUACAGCGUUAACAGAUAUGCCAAUGCUAAAAUCAGAGAAGACUGCUGCAAGUUUGGAUCCAAGAGUCUUUCAACUACCAAUUUAUGUCGAUACGUCAUUUCAAUACCGCAAGGCCAAUGCUUUUCAAAAAGUGCUCAAUCUAGGAAACAAUAACUUCAUUGGUGUGAUCCCUCCAGAGAUAGGUCUCUUAAAAGAGCUCCUUUUGCUAAAUUUGAGCUUCAACACAUUACAUGGAGAUAUCCCCCAAUCAAUCUGCAACCUCACAAACUUGCUGGUGCUCGACUUAUCAAGCAACCAUCUAACUGGCAGAAUUCCAACCAUGCUGAACAAUCUACACUUCCUUUCUAAGUUUAACGUUUCUUUCAAUGACCUAGAAGGGCCUGUGCCGACCACAGGCCAGUUUAGUACAUUCACAAAUGCUAGCUUUGAUGGCAACCCAAAGCUCUGUGGUCCUACACUUGUUCACCAUUGCAAUUCAGUGGGAGAGCAUUUCACCUCCAAGAAACAACAUAACAAGAAGCUCAUGUUUGUGCUUGCAUUUGCUAUAAUUUUCGGAGGCAUUGCCAUCCUAUUCCUUCUAGUUCGUCUCCUUGUCUUGUUCCGGGGUACAAGUUUCAGGACCAAAAACAGGAGCACCGAUGAUAACGACAUAGGAACGCUAUCAUUCAACUCCAAUUCAGAGCAUUCAUUGGUGAUGAUGCCAGGAAGCAAGGGAAACGAAAACAAGCUCACAUUAACUGACAUUGUGAAGGCAACAAAUAACUUUGGCAAGGAGAACAUCAUCGGUUGUGGAGGCUAUGGACUAGUAUUCAAGGCCGAGCUACCCGAUGGAUCCAAGCUUGCAAUCAAGAAGCUCAACAGCGAGAUGUGCCUGAUGGAAAGGGAGUUCACUGCAGAGGUUGAAGCACUCUCCAUGGCCCAGCAUGAAAAUCUUGUGCCACUGUGGGGUUAUUGCAUCUAUGGAAACUCAAGCUUCCUCAUAUAUUCUUUCUUGGAGAAUGGCAGUUUGGAUGAUUGGCUUCACAACAGAGAUGAUAAUCCUGGAACAUUUCUUGACUGGCCGGUGAGACUCAAAAUUGCACAAGGAGCUAGCCGUGGCCUUUCUUACAUCCAUGAUGUCUGCAAGCCGCACAUUGUCCAUCGUGACAUAAAAUCCAGCAACAUCCUACUUGACAAAGAAUUCAAAGCUUAUGUUGCAGAUUUUGGGCUGUCAAGACUGAUCCUUCCAAACAAAACUCAUGUUACGACCGAGUUGGUCGGCACUCUUGGUUACAUUCCACCUGAGUAUGGCCAAGGAUGGGUAGCUACUUUGAAAGGUGACAUAUACAGUUUUGGAGUUGUCCUGCUUGAGCUCCUCACAGGAAGACGACCUGUUUCAGUCCUGUCCACAUCACAAGAACUUGUCCCAUGGGUGCUGGAGAUGAGGUCUCAGGGAAAGCAGAUUGAGGUCCUAGAUCCAGCAUUACGAGGCACAGGGCAAGAAGAGCAAAUGCUGAAGAUGCUUGAAGUUGCUUGUAAGUGUGUGAACCAUAUCCCAUCUAAGAGGCCACCUGUCAUGGAAGUAGUCUCAUAUCUAGAAAGCAUUGAUGGUGGCCUGCAACACAAAAGUCUGUCUACAAAUGAUAAUAUUGUAGUUCAGUGCAUAUAGACAUACAGUAGAUGUAUUUUCAGUAAAGUUACCAGUUUUGACUAUAAGUUUGAAUCAGACAUAGCGCAUCAUGUACAGUUUCUUGCACAUUUUAAAGUUCUUUUUCCAAGAGAAAUAUCCAUUACCCCCUCCCCCUCCUCUGGUUUUUCUAGAAUUAGUAUGUAACAUAUUCUCUGAUUAGAUCAUGAAGCAUCAUGACAAAGCAAAAGCAAGAGAAAAUAAUAGUCAUCUUCGUUGAGUUCCUUACUAGCUUAAGUACUGAUAUAGUGACACUAAUGCAUUUAGGAGCUGUCACCGAGUUCUUUGGCUCUAACCCACAUAAUUAAGAACCACUGGAGCUUAAAAUUAGGAUGCGGAAUGAGUAAAUGCCAAUAAUGGCUGGCUCAAGUAUCCUUAUAAAAAAAAUGUCUGGCUCAAGUAUCCUUAUAAAAAAAAUGUCUGGAUCAAGUAUGAAAUGAAAUGGCAAUGCAGUAUGAUGAUUGGUUUUGCGGCUGGAGAAAAGCUGCGCGAGCUGACCAGAAUGAUCGCCGAAUGAAUCUGGACAUGAAUCUAGAUAAUCCAAAGUACACGAGUACCAACCAUGCAGGAGAAGUUUGACACGGUGGGGAAACCAAACCAUGCCAUCGCAGCAUACGCGACUGUGCGCCCGUCGUCGACGACCCGCUCGGCGCGCGCACCCGGCCACACGAGCGUUUCGACAGGACGACAGACAUCAUCUCCGUCCAAGGCAUGGAGCCCAACUGCCCAAGUGACGAGCCCCGCCACUGGCAUUUCAUCGAGCAGCUUGAGCGCGCUGCUCAAGCUCCGAGACGGCAGCUCCGAGACCAGCAUUGCGUCGAGCCGCCCCAGGACGCCGCGGAGGCACGCGCGCGGCAUGAGCGCGGAACAAGAGGUGGUGGUGGUGGACUCAUCGGCGAGGGAGGAGGGAGGGGUUGCUGCCGAGUUCACUUGGGAUGCUUGUGGCCCGACCGUUGAUCAAAGCAUGGGGCAGAGCAGAGGCGGCUGGGUGUGUCCAAUCUGCGGAAGGUUGCGCGAGGCGUGUGGCGAUGGGGCUGCCGGCGGUCGCCGAUGGCAGCGCGGCGGUCGCCGGCCAGGAGAUUUAACCGUGUCCAGUGAUUUUUAA